AAUCAAUUUGGUUGCCAAGCGACGCCGCCAUGUUCGUCCCGGCUAUGGCGCCACACUCUGAGGGCUCACACUGCGUUUUUCCGUACAACUCCGCCUUCCCACAAUUCCUUUCUUCUCCACGUCCCUCCGCUUCCGGUGUUUCUCAGCACUCAAUUGGUUCAUCCCUUCCACAGCUCUUGUUUUCUCCUCGCUGAUUGGCUGCUAGAACUGUCAAUCAGAGCGGUUGCCAAGCGACGCGGUCGUGUCGCAUCCCGUCAUGGUGGCGGCCGUGUAGGAGCUGACAGCGCUUCUAUCACAAUGGCAGGCCGUCAUUACUGGGUUGCUAGCGGCCCUGUCGUUGUUUCCGAGGCAUAAUUAAGCCGUGGCCGAAUUGGAGCCGUGUGUGCGAAGGUACGGCGGCUUUCCGUACAAGUUCACCUUCCCACAAUCCUUUUCACCCUUAGUCCCUCUUUUUCCGCCAGCAUUCCCGCAUCCUAUUGGCUCAUCCGCCUCACAUCCCAGUUUCCGCGGCGCUGAUUGGCUGUCACCCCAUCAAUCUCUCCGUUGCCAAGCAACACCACCAUGGCGGCGGAGACAAAAAUGGCCGCCACUAUGGAGGAAGCGAACAGCGAUGCCGCGGCUGUCACGGCGCUGUCCGAACUCACCGCGCUGCUCUCCCCUUCCUCCCCCGCCGCUCCCGAAGCAGCCGAGGCCGCUCUGUCCCUUUCCGGCAGCGCUUCAGGCCGGGCGCUGCUGGCCGCAAACCCCGCGGCCUUAUCGGCCUUGGCCGCCAUGGCCGCCUCGGCCUCGCGUGGCGCCCACACCGCCCUGGCCGCGCUGGUGAACGCCAGCUCCGAGCCCGCCGCGCUGGAGCCGCUCCUCGCCGCUCUCCCUUCGCUUCUCCCUCUUUUACCGAGCUCCGGAGGGGUUUGCGGCGUGCUGGCGAACCUGAGCCGCGACGCGGGCGCGGCGCCGCGGGCGGUGCGGGCGCUGGGCCCCGGAGCGGAGCCGCUGCUGCGGGCGCUGAGCGCGGCCCGGCCCCCGGCGGAGCUCGGGGCGCUGCUCUGCAACCUCAGCCAGGCCCCCGAGGGCCGCCGGGCCCUGCUGGAGCGCUCCGGGAGGGUGGUGCGGAGGAUGCUGGCGCUGGUGCGGUACCCGGGCUCGGCCGAGCUGAGGAGGGGAGUGGUGGGAGCGCUCAGGAAUUGCUGCUUCGAGCACGAGCAUCACGAGUGGCUGCUGGGCCCCGAGGUGGAGGCGCUGCCGGCGCUGCUGCUGCCCCUGGCCGGGAGCGAGGAGAUCCCGGAGAGCGACACCGAGCAACUUCCCGUGGAUCUGCAGUACCUGCCCCAGGAACACCAGAGGGAAGAGGAGCCUGAGAUCAGGAAAAUGCUGCUGGAAACGCUGCUGCUGUUGACAGCCACCAAGGGAGGGAGAAUCCAGAUGAGAUCCCAAGGAUGUUACGUGGUGCUGAGGGAGCUGCACAGCUGGGAACAGGAGCCCCAGGUGCUGAACACCUGUGAGAAGGUGAUCCAGGUUCUGAUCGGGGACGAGCCCGAGGCGGGGCUGGAGAAUCUCUUGGAGGUGACAAUUCCCGAGGAGCUGGAGCGGCGCCUGGCGCGGCUGGACACGGAGGGACAGGGACAGCAGGGGACGGCCAGCGCCAGGUGACACCG